AUAGCAGCCUUUGUGCUGCCAACACUUCAUUUCUCUCUCUCUCUCUCUCUUUCUAUCUCUCUCUUUACACCUCGCAGAUCAGCGGGAUCACCUGUACCAGACUUUGCUAAUUGGCCUCAAGAUUUGCCACAAUGAGUCCCAAGAACAUCAUCUUUAAGAAAAUGUCCAAAGACAAGUCGGUUGCUGUGUACAUGGGGAAACGUGAUUUUGUUGAUCAUGUGAACUCAGUGGAACCAGUGGAUGGUGUUGUCCUUAUAGACCCAGAACUGCUGAAAGGCAAAAAAGCGUAUGUCGCCUUGUCCUGCAUGUUCCGGUAUGGCCGAGAUGACAUGGAUGUGUUGGGACUCUCGUUCCGGCGGGACAUUUACCUCUCCACUAGGCAGAUCUACCCUGCACUGCAGGACAAGAAACAGUGCACUCUCACCAAGGUGCAGGAGAAACUCCUACGCAAACUGGGAGACAACGCCUACCCCUUUUUCUUCGAGUUCCCUGAUAACCUGCCGUGCUCUGUGGGUCUGCAGCCGGCUCCUAAAGACGUGGGGAAGCACUGCGCUGUUGAGUUCGAGGUGAAGGCCUUCAGCGCUGAGAGUCAGGACGCUAAGGUCCGCAAACGGAGUACAGUCCAUCUGAUGAUCCGUAAGGUGCAGUUCGCCCCAGAGAAGACAGGUCCAGCUCCCUCAAUGUCCAUCACCCGUGACUUCCUCAUGUCUGAUAAGCCCCUGCAUGUGGAGGCAAGCCUGGAGAAGCAGACUUUUUAUCAUGGGGAGCCAAUACACGUACGGGUCAACAUCAACAACGAGUCCAACAAAUCUGUGAAGAACCUCAUUCUCUCGGUGGACCAAAUCGCCACUGUUGUGCUGUACUCCAACGACAGCUACAUGAAGUCAGUGGACCUGUUGGAAUCUGAAGAAUAUUUGGAAGCAGGUGAGAAAAUGGAGAAGGUGUACACACUGCUCCCCCUGCUGGCCAAUAACAAGAAAAGGCGGGGCAUUGCUCUUGAUGGAAAACUGAAGCAUGAAGACACCAAUCUUGCCUCAAGUAGCGUAAUUAAAGAGGGGGUCCUGAAGGAGGUGCUGGGGAUCUUGGUGUCCUACAGAGUCACGGUGAAGCUCAUCGUGGGCGGGCUGGUGGGCACCAGCGAGGUUGGACUGGAGUUGCCAUUCCAGCUUAUGCACCCGAAGCCUGAUUCAGUGAAAGAAAGCGAGGAGGAAGAGAUGGUGUUUGAGGAGUUCAAGCGAGCCAACCUAAAAGGCAUGAAGGAGGACGAGGAGGAAGGGAAUAUUUCUGCGGGUGAGCCUUGAGGAACGCUCGGAGAACACGGGCUUCUCGAAGAGCAUGGCCAACCGGAUUACUGAAGUUAGAAGACAAUAGAGAGAAGACUGCACUGAAAUGCAUAGUGGCUGAGAUCGUAAACUGGGAGGAGUUUGUCUGUUAGCGCACUAAAAACAGUGGUGUUCCAGACCUGGUCCUGGAUCACACCUGGAAAGGCUGGUUCUCACUAUCAGCAGUCACUUAGGGUCUCCGUGCUGCUAGAGCACCACAACACGUAGUGGGUUAGAUUACAAUUAAGCAUUAAAAAGUAACAAUGCUUUCAAAAAGAGACAAUAUCUUAAAUCUAGUCCAUUAUGUUUAAUAUUUCUCAUUCCGAGGCUGUUGAAACAUAUUUGAAGGUUAAAUAUGAUAAGAAAUCAUAUAUUAUAAGACUUAUAGAAGUCAUUGUAUAUAGUGAAACUCCUAUUUUGUUGGGAGACGUUUGGGCUUCUUUGGUCAAAAAACAAGCAAAAUCAUCUGCCGAUAGAAUAAAAAAGUCCCUCUACACUCUUAAAAAAGGUUCUUCAAGGGUUCUUUAGUAAAGAAAAUGGUUCUGUGUAGAACCAUGAACACUCAAAGAACACUUUGCAUGAUUAAAGGGUUCUUUACACCAAGAAAGGGUUCCUUAGA